CCUGGUUUGCCUCUAAAUUACAUAUCUACCUUCGAUACGUUAUUCUAGUCAACAGAGAAUUACAAGAGAUGCGCUGGUGAGCUUGUCUUCAGGUUAAGUUUUCCUUAAGUCCAUAAGAUGUCGUGUGGACGCGAAUUAUAUCCGCUUAAUAUUGUCAUGUGGAUAAUAGCGACCAUUCUGCGCAGUCUGAGACUCUGAGGUGUGGCAUCUUGCUGUACUGUACCAGGGAAGCCUUGUCACUUGCAUGGUGAAAUGCAUACAUGCAUUGUCUGACAAACGACGCCGACUUAGCAAUGUCACUAGGCGAUUAAGUUAUGGCCUCUAUCAAAAUCGCUGAGAUCUCUCGCACAGAUCCCGAAAAUCUCUUGGAGAGAGUAUCAAUCACUGACGUCAAACAUCUAUCCUCUUACAACUGGAUUGAAUCCUCUAUACCUACGAUCGCCAUCCCCGGUAGCCCUGCCCUAUGGACUCCGCCACAGUCCGCGCAGAGGCAGGUGAAGAAAGACUCCGGUCUCAUCUACAUAGCCCAGAACGCCGCUCGCCACGCAGAAAGUCCGCUUGAACCCUUGUUUCGGGCCUUGUAUAUCGCACACCCUACGUUCGAUAUCCGGUCCGUGGAUCUAGUGACUGAUCGAAACAAUAUGCGCAAGCUCUUGUCGUUUAUCAACCCUAGCUUAGAUAAGAGGGGAUUGGAACCCUUUACUAUUGAGGUUGAGGUCACGAACGAUACCGCUAUAUUCUGUCGUGCGGAGACAAAGACGUUCGAGGUUAUCGGACCACGUCAAUGCAAGGGGUUUGGGCAUGAGUUUGAGAAGGCGUAUAUAACGGUCCAGCUGGAGGGAAGUACGGGGCAUCAUAGGAUUAUCUCCUACCAGCUCGGUGGUAUGAAACUGUUGGUGCGCUAUGAGACGGACGGAUACAUUGCGAGACCUUCAAAGGCAUCAACGGCAUUGACUGAUAGUAGGAAACUAAUGCAAGACGGCGACGACAUAUCCAGCAUGCUCAAAUCACUGUCUCUUUCUCCUCCAAACCCUUCCUAUGCGGCCUCGGACAAGUCAACCUUGAGGAUCUUGGAAAAGGGCCAAGUCGUGCCGAUCGAAUCAACCCUCGAAAUCAAAACACGCACCUCCAAGAGACAUAUUAAAAUUGACGAAGUUCUUCCACAGCUGUGGGUAUCUCAGACUCCGAAUCUUGUCCGUGCCUACCACAGGAAUGGUUUGUUUGAGCGACCAGAGGUUGAAGAUGUUAGUGGUGAACUUAAGAGGUGGGAGGAAGAUCACCAUGCGGAUCUCGGGAAAUUAGUCAUAUUGAUUAAAAAUCUUAUCUCUGUGGUCAAGGAAAGUGGUGCGAAGGCUGUUAUCAGGUAUGAUGAUCGAUGCGACAAGUUGGUGGUUUGGAAGCGUGAGGGUGGGAGAAAAAUGUUGCCUGACGACCUUUACUCCAUGUUCAACGAAGGAAGAUAAUGAAGAAA